GCCACGCUACGCCACGUCGCGCGCUGCGUGUGUUUCUCUGCAUCGCGUUUUAAAAGUCUCUGCGAGCGAGAGAAGCCUGGUCGCGCGAAUUCUCGUAUCGUAAAAUCAUCGGCGAAGCGCAAUCUCCGCGCGAACGCUUCGAACGCGUGGCGACCCUUAGGGUGCCGCCUGUCCGAUUGUAUAUUUCACGUUGACCGACAGCGAAAUCACAGAGGGACAGAGACAGAGAGAUCAACGACGUGUUGAAGGGAGGUUAGACGGAGGUUUGAAGGAACGGACGGCUAAAUUGCGUCCGGCUGCCGGUCGCGCAGCGUGCGUUGUUCAUACAUCUCCGAGAAUCCCGAGAACAGGACCGGACGGACGGGCAGCGAGGGCGGACGAUACGCGCUACGCGUAUGCGUACGGCACGCGCGCAGGUGCGCGGGCGCUCAUCGGUGACACUUAGGGAGGCAGCAUAGCGGUUCGCGCUACCGACAUCGUCGCUAACACGUGCCUGUGACAGCGAGGGUUGCGACGCAGGACGCUCCGGGCGACGCAGUAUCAACGAUUGAGCCGCUGGUUCGCAGCAUCGCAGCGGAUUUUGGCGCAACGCUCUAUUCGGAGAACUGUCUAUGGAUCAUAGAUGAACCGUCCUAUUCAAGUGAAGCCGGCGGACAGUGAAAACCGCGGAGAGUGCAUGAUGGACGACGGGAGCGCCUGUGCCAUCUUCUGGAAGUAGGAGGCACCGGUGGCGGCCGCUGAAGACAGAAAGCUGUUCGUUGGUAUGCUCAGCAAGCAACAAACUGAAGACGAUGUCCGACAGUUGUUUACUGCCUUCGGCACAAUAGAGGAGUGCACCAUCCUCCGUGGACCCGACGGAAGCAGCAGAGGCUGUGCAUUCGUGAAGCUCUCGUCGCACCAAGAAGCACUGGCGGCGAUAAACUCUCUACACGGUAGCCAAACUAUGCCGGGUGCGUCAUCCAGCAUAGUGGUGAAAUUCGCAGACACUGAUAAAGAGAGGCAACUAAGACGCAUGCAGCAAAUGGCCGGGAACAUGAGCCUCCUUAACCCCUUCGUCUUCAAUCAGUUCGGCGCUUACAGCGCUUACGCUCAGCAGCAAGCGGCGCUUAUGGCAGCCGCGACUGCACAAGGAACGUACAUCAAUCCAAUGACCGCAUUGGCAGCAGGACAAUUGCCUCAUGCAUUGAAUGGCAUGCCAAAUCCGGUAGUUCCGCCAACUUCCGGUACCGGCACAGGGCAACCGGUGAACGGGGCGAUACCGUCGUUACCGUCGCCGACGAUGCCGAAUUUUAACAUGGCUGCACAGACGCCGAACGGCCAGCCGGCAGGCUCGGACCCGGGUGUCUACACCAACGGAAUACCGCAGACUUAUGCGGGACAUGCCCUCCAUCUGUCCAUUCCAGCGCAGGGGCUGCCCAACGGGGAGGCGGCACUUCAGCAUGCCGCCGCGUAUCCUGGAAUGCAGGCUUAUGCUGGAGUGGCCGCUUACCCCGCCGUCUACGGCCAGUUUCCUCAGGCUAUUCCUCAGCCGAUGACCGCGGUGGCGCCCACGCAGAGGGAAGGAUGCUCUAUCUCAGGACCCGAGGGCUGCAACCUGUUCAUCUACCACCUGCCCCAGGAGUUCGGCGACGGCGAGCUCAUGCAGAUGUUCCUCCCGUUUGGCAAUGUCAUCUCCUCCAAAGUCUUCAUCGACCGGGCGACCAAUCAGAGUAAAUGCUUCGGUUUUGUGUCGUUCGAUAAUCCAGCGAGCGCGCAAACAGCGAUUCAAGCGAUGAACGGCUUCCAAAUAGGGAUGAAACGAUUAAAAGUCCAGUUGAAGAGGCCCAAGGACGCCAGCCGGCCAUACUAACCCACGUCCUAGCCUAGAAAAUCUGGACGAGUCGCGCCCUACGUCAUAACUUACAGAAUGUCGUACGAGAACGUGAGCUCGACGGACGCUCGACGAUCAGGAGUGACGAGUUUGAAUCACCGUUACAACGCUCUCCACCGUAACAACUUAGUAUACUAGCUAGUUAAUUCAUUAGCGGGUAAAAAUUUAGAGGUCAGUAGAACUGCAACGGCUUCAACGUUGUGGUUGAAGUUGACGCAACGGCGGCGGCGGCGGCGGCGGCGAAGAGGCUGAAGCGAAAGCGAUGAAGGAUGUUCUGCGCUGAACCCAGUCCGCGAGGAAGAAAAGCCGGAAAGAAGAGGACGCAAUGUUUUCCCGGAUGCUCGGAUAACCGGAAAUCCUCCGUCGAUAGAACAACAUCGAUUCUCCCUCCCCUUUUCUCCCUUUCAGUCCACUCCCGCUGCGAAUCUCUGCAUGCUUCCUUCUGUCCUCUGCGAAUCUAGCCUCUGUCCCUACUGCCAGGUGAGAGAUCACGUUCGAGCUCGAGGAC